GAUAUUCCAAAAUUCGACUUAUGAAACUGAAAACACCUUACAAUUAUGAUAAAUAUAUGUUCGUCCAAUUUUUAUGAUAUAGUUUUGAAAUUGAAACAUUAGACGAUGAAAACUCAACAAGGCAGAUACUGACCAAUAAUUACCAGUCUACUUAUUUUUACUGAGAUUAGUCUUUGGGGCUAAACUUACACAGUUCAGAGCCUCAUUCUCUCGUCAAGGGAGUAGAGGAACGCAGAGACUCUGCCUUGCUCGGAAUCGAAAUUGCUCCCAGUCUUACGGGAGCUGUUUCUGAGCUGGAUUACCCGUCGAUCGUGAUGUCAAUUUUGAGGUCUUGAUUUCGGAAUUGUCGGAUUUCUGAUACAGAAGAAGAUCCGGUAUCAAGGUUUAAAGUACAAUAUUCGAAUCAUUUCGCCCCAUGGAAUCAGGUCCUCAUCUUUUAGCAAUCUCACUUUAUUUUAAGUUAAUUUCUUGCCUUUGCGUUUUGAGGUUCUUUUCAAUUCUAAUUGAAAGUGUUUUAAUUGGAAAAUUGGAACUCUAUGUAGAUAACUAGGUUAGCACAAGAGUGAUGUUUCUCCUUAUAUUUGUUUCUUUCUUUUUUGUUUGGUUGAUAGUGAAAGAGGAUCAAAAGAUAGAGAGUCUAGAGAUUGCUCCAUUGGACUUCAUCUCCACAUUACCUGAGACCAUCAUUCAUUACAUCUUUUCUUUUCUUCGUGCCCGGGAUGUUACUUCUACUUCGGUGCUAUCGAAGACUUGGCAUCGAAUUUGGUCCUGUUAUCCCAUUGUUGUUUUUCAUUUUGCAUAUGGUAAUGUUGCCGUGGAACAAUUGCAAUCUCCGGAUAGCUUGGGUCCAACAAUGCAGAAAGAUGAAUAUUUGGGUCUUAUGGAAAAAUCAGUGUGCCGGCGCCUUGAACAGGACUUUCCUGUGCAAAGAUUUCAGCUGUACACUGACUUCCCUGAUAUAAAAUUGUUAUCUGCCAAAAUGGACGAGUGGGUUAGUAUGAUAGCUCAAAGGAAUGCUGCAGAGCUUGCUCUCUCCAUUGAUUCUGUGACUGAUUCUGUUAGAUAUUACUAUAAAGUUCCCGAGUAUGUUUUUAUUGCUCGUUCGCUUACAAUUUUAAGCUUAAGCGGAUGUAGAUUUGAGGGGAGUUUGAACAUAAAACUUCCGUACCUGAAGAAGCUUUCUUUAUCUCAUUCUUUCUUUGUGGACAAGUUUACAUUCAACAACAUUCUUUCUGGAUGCUCGGUCAUUGAGUAUGUGAAAGUGUCAUCCUGCAGAGGGAUGGACAGCCUUAUCUUCAUUUCGGGUUUUUCCCAUUUGAAAACUUUUGAGUUUCUCUACUCUGAUGAGGUUGAUAGUAUCAGAGUUGAUGUUUCUAAUUUGCUUACAUUUUCGUUUGCAUCACACUUGGGUCGUUGGCCAAGCAGUAUAGACUUGACCACCUCUAAAGCACUGAAGGAGUUGAUAUUAAGUGGGAAGAAUUUUGCUGUUGACUUUGCGGUACAACCACUCGUAUCUCAACUUCCAGCCCUUGAAGUCUUGGAAUUGCGGAACUGGACUGGAUCCAGGGAAUCUAUGAUUUCAAGCCAAAGCCUGAAGAAGCUGGUCUUCAGAUAUUGUCAUCACUUGAAAGACAUCCAACUUGACACUCCUAAUUUGGAGUCCUUUGAAUACUGCAAUUGUGAUGAGCCAUUUAUACCGAUCAAUGUCUCAAAUGCUAUCCAAAUUCACUUGAGGUUUGCACUUAGGGGAGACACUGUCAAUUGGCUGGUUAAACUGCAGCAGUUUCUUUCAAGAUUAAGCUACACUGAGGAUUUGAAUAUUAUCAUCUUCCGUCGUUCAGCGAACAUGAUUAUCCACGAGAAAUUUAGCGAGUUCAGCUUUUCUACUCUAUGCCAUUUCAUGGAUCCAAAUUACAUAUGCAUAUCAUCAAGAAGUUACACUGAUCUUUUGGAUGAAUUAUUUCCACUAGCAUACCCGAAAUCUAUUUGUGUCAUCCACUCUAACGAAAAACUCAUGAAGUUGCUGUCAGAGAAGGUGGAAAAGCUCCGAAACGACCCAAGGUUGUCACCUAAACUAGUUGGUUUUCACUCUGUUGAGGUUGGUACUUCUGGAGAUACAAGCCCUUUGUUUGAUGCUGCCACACAAGUUCUCAUAAAAACACAUUCAACCGGUCUGUUUAGACCUUCUGCAAUCAUGGUAGAAUGGGGGCAGUUUGUACGUAGAGGUGUGGUUACAUUUUAAUGCACUGAUAGCCGGGAAAACUUUGAAGCUUGAGCCAAAAUUGUGUUGUAAAGUUUUGUUUUCAGGAAUAUUGAAUUGAUGCUUAAAUGUAUGAAUUGUUAAACUUAACCUUACUCUUUCUAUCGAGGCUAGAAUCUCUGAUCUUGUUGGGAGCAAUAGAGGUGUUCGUAGUAGUAUAUUGGUGAUAGGUUGCAAACCGAACCCACGGUGCUGACUUCUAAUUCUUUGAAUGUGGUCAUAAUUCUAUGAACAUUCAAAGUUUACAGUUCUAUUUGUCCAUCUUACACCUCUGCGUCUCUGUGUAACUUGCUCUUUCUUUUUUCC